AUGAGGUCUUCGGCUGUGGCUUUGAGAUCUUCGGCAGGACCAAGCUCUCCCUCUCCAAAGAUAUGUGCAGUGCCCUUUCGUUUAACUCCUGAAUCUGCCUUCAAUCGUAUGCUCAUUGCCGGUCUCUUAGCUGCCCCUUCACCGUCGAACCUUGCUCGGGCGGCCCUCAUACGGUUCUUGGGCUCUUUCGGGGCUACCAUCGCCCAUGAGUUUGGUCUCGACGAGGAUUUCAAGAUGAAGGAUAUGAAGGCUGUUUUGUAUCCCAUAUGGCGAGUGGACUGCAUGCUGGAGGGACCCGUCGAGAUAUUGGAGAAGAGAAAGCAAACUUCAGCUUGGAUAGGAAUAUCUGAGGGUUAUGUCCCAGGAAACCCAUUUGCACCAUUAUCAUAUUUAUCUUUCGCCAUACCUCCUCUACCCGCUGAAUUAUCAGAGUACAAUCCAGAAGAAGAUCUCAAACAAUUAGGAGAGGGUAACGAGGUUGUAGAGGUUCCCUUUACGGUCUCACCUCUGGGGUUGUUGAAGCGGCUUCGGCAGGUUGUGGGUCGUACGACGUGGGAAGGAUUUCGAAUAGAUCAAUCCAAGUGGAAAGAUACUCUGUUUGCAGCAUAUCCUAUCAUGUUUCCUCUCUUCAUAGGACAGUUCGAACACAAAUGGAAAGAUGAUGUUCGAACGUAUAGCGUAAUCAUGGAUGCUCAUGACCCAAAUCCGAAAUCAUGUCGCACUUCAUUCCCUCCACCUCCAGAAUUGAUCGACCGUGGACGUUUCAAUACAAAUUAUUUCGUUAAUCCUGCUCCAUUGCUGCCUUCCACCCACCUCAUGGUCGCUUCUCCACUUACGAGACCCCCUACAUCUGAUCCUCCUAUAUCCAAAGCCGUCGCAGAUAAGUUUAUGGAAUGGAUGUCUCCCGCUCCCGAAUCGGCAACUAGUAUCAAACCGUCGCCGAUGUUAUGGGUUCAGGAGGAAGAAGGUGGAGUGGACUGGGAGGAUCCGAGGAUACAAAGCUGGGCGGCAGAAGAGAGACAGGAGAAUUUCAAAUAUAUCAAUAAUAAUAUAGAACUUCAGAAUGGUCUCGCGGCGCUGACGGGUUUGAAGGAGUUUACUUCAAACUUACCAAAGGGAAGUGAUCCAGAAGGCAUGGUGGUUUUCUUCUCGCCCGGUUUACCAAGUGCGACUUCAAAACCGAUGAGUGAGAUUCGAAAGAAAUUGGAAGAGGAUGUGAAUGCAAAGAAAAAGGAAUUGGAGGGGAGUAAACCGGGUUGGCUCAAGAAGUGGGAGAAGAGUCAAAAACCCAUUGGUGCCAAGAGAUGA